AUGGGAUAUCCUCCGCAAGCUAACCACGGCUCGACUUCCGGCCCAUACAAUCCAUAUCCUUCUGUUCCUCCACCACCACCGUAUCCCCGUAACUGGGGACCGCAGCCGCCAAGGCAGGCUCCGCCCUUACCGCCUCGGCCUUUACCUCCACCAUUGCCGCCUCGUUCUCCUCAGCCUCCGAAUUAUGGACCGCCUCCAGCUCAGAAUCUUCCUGCUGCUCAGCCUCCUCGCAUGAUCAAGGAUGAAUCAGAGAUCUAUAUCCGGAUUCUCGAUCCGCCUCCAAAUAUUCCAGCUGAACACAGCUCAAACUACUAUAUGCUCCGCAAGUGCUCUUAUCCCACAGACAUCGCAUAUCCCGCUUUCUGGUUUCGAACUACAUCUGUACCCGAUUUCAAUGUCUGCACCUACUGUUUCGAAACACACAUCCGCAACUCCCAGUUUGCUUCGAUGUUUCAGGGCACACUAGAACCGGCUUUCCCCAGUACUAGGUGCCAUUUUGGAGUUCCAAGGGUAUUGAGGAUGUUGUGGUCGUUAGUGCUUCAAACGAACAAGUUCGCGUCCUUGAAAGCAUACAUGGAGCGCCGGGUUUCACUUCCACGAUGCUAUGGCUCUCAUGGCGUUGUGGGAAGCAAAGCCGAACCAGAAGGGAUCAAAUGGUACUCUCCGCGGAACAACCAGGCCUUAGGCUUUGUCGCCUGCGAGGCGUGCUACGAAGAGCAAGUCAAAGGAACAUCCUUCGCCAUGAAUUUCGAGCGUUGCCCGCGAGCACAAGGUCCAAAUGAUACCUGGGCGUGCGAUAUAUCAUUCUCAUAUAUGCUGCGGGCUCUCAACUUGUAUAGCAUGGCAAACAUGUGGCCAUCUUUCAUCGCCUCUGCCACUCGGCGGGUGAGACUGCCAGAAUGUGUAGGUCUCUCUAGCGUCAAGACGGGCACAAAAUCGUGGUACACCACUGCAACGCCAAUCAAGGGCGCUAUUGUCUGCGAAGCGUGUUAUCUGGACCAUGCUGGGCUCACUGACUUCGAGCGGGAAUUCGUACCGUAUCCUGUCGACGACACCACCCGCAAUCAGGACUGCAAUUGCGACUUCUGGUCUUUACCCUUGAAAGUUAGCAUGGAAGUAGCGCGAGACACCUAUAACUUCUCUAUAUUUUGGGAUGCCUUCAACGUCUUCUCCAAUAAUCCCCCUUGUACGGAUAAGGGUAUCACAGACGGAACAUGGUACACCCUCAAAGGCGGCUGCGAGAACUUCGAUCUAUGCGUAACCUGUUACACCGGCUGGGUCAAAGCCCUGAAACUAACAAAACAUUUCGAACCACGCUCAUCCCCCCCUCCCGGCACCAAUCUCAUGUGCGACUUCAACGCCGCCUCCCCCCGCUUCGCAAAAUACAUCAACAAGUACGCCGAAGCAAUCAGCACCCCCAACUUCGCUGCAUUCUCCAAUUACGUCCACCUCGUCGCCACCCUGCCCAACUGCCAAACAACCGAAUUCGUCGCCAACCGCCGCUGGUGGAUCUUACAGAACCUCGAUCCACGCAAGACAGUCCACGUCUGCGAAUCUUGCUACGAGGACGCCAUCCGCGGCACCGCCCUCGCACACAUCCUAGAGCACACCCCAACACCCCUCCCGCAAGCCGUCAUGUGCGAAAUGUACUCCGCCAACAUGCGCGCACGCUGGGCCGCCCUCUCAAACUCCAAAACCCCCGACAUCGAGGCCUUCGUGGAGUACUGCCAGCACCGCAACGCCGUCUACACGCAGACCGUGCCAGCCAUGAAAGCAAUCGUCGCUCAAGCUAAAAUGCGCCUGCAGCAGCAGACGAUGCUGAAUGCGACGAGUAGUUUCUAUAAUGCUGCGAAUGCGAUUACGGCGCCGUCGGCGCAGAUACAUUAUGGACCGGGUGGGGUCACGGGGGGUCAUUUGUAUGGGAACGGCGCGCUGGGGUAUCAUUGGGAGACGCCGUAUGGGGUCCAGGGGGCGGUUGCGGGGCAGCAGGCGAUGGGGCUGGUGGCGCAGGGGAUGGGGGAUACGGCGAGGGUGGGGUUGUUGGAGAGGAUGUGGAAGGAGGUGGAGUAGGGAAGUGGCGGGGAUGGGUUGAGUAUAGCUGGAGAUCGGGAUUGUGGGGACGGUUGUUGGAUAGAUAUUCUUGUGGGCUUCCUCGGUCGUUGAGUUUGGCGUGUUAGGCGUGGCAUCCAUGUUGCUAUUUGUAAGUGAAAUUCCUUCGGUAUGUCGUCCGACAUGACUUCAUGGAUAAUGACAGGUGGUUUCUUGCAGGUUUGGUUUUCCGGAUUAGGUUCUUAGAGACGGGGAGCUGGCUCUAUAUCUCCUAAUCCGGCAGAGAAAGAAUGAGAUGGUGAACUAUCAGCAUAGCGUAAUGCGGAAUGAGUAUGAGUACGAAAUUCAUUUGACUUGGGCAGUGAGUGCGAGUUGAAGAAAGUGAGUUUGGGCUGACGUGGAUCUACUCUUGGGAGUCCUUUCUAAUCUUGGUAUCCGCUUCUUGAUCCGGAAGUUAUUUUCUUGGAGCUUAAGUUCUACUCCAGCUGAGGAGGCUUAAACUC